CGCCCAACCCGGAAGUGUAGUACAUAAACAGCUACCUGGCAUGUUUGUUGUCAGAGCUCCACUUUUAUACGGAUUUCAACCCUCAUUGUAAACAUGACUACUGAAAAGUGUUUCGCCAAAGGAAGUGUUGCACCUGAUCCAGUGCCCGAAGGCCGCAUCAGACUGUACAGCAUGAGGUUCUGCCCCUUUGCGCAGAGGGCCAGACUGGUGCUGAAUGCCAAAGGGAUCAAGUAUGACACCAUCAACAUUAACCUGAGGGACAAGCCUGACUGGUUCCUUGAGAAGAAUCCCCUUGGUCUUGUCCCAACACUGGAGACACCUGCUGGUGAGGUGGUAUAUGAAUCUCCUAUCACAUGUGAAUACCUGGAUGAGGUCUACCCUGAGAAGAGGCUGCUGCCUUCCAACCCGUUUGGUAAAGCUCAACAGAAGAUGAUGCUGGAGCAAUAUUCCAAGAUAACGCCAUACUUCUACAAGAUCCCGACAGGCAGAAAGAAUGGUGAGGAUGUUUCAGGACUGGAGGCUGAACUGAAAGAGAAGUUUACCAAAUUAAAUGAGGACCUGGUUAAUAAGAAGACCAAGUUCUUUGGUGGUGACUCUAUCACAAUGAUUGAUUACAUGAUGUGGCCAUGGUUUGAGAGACUGGAGAUCUUUGAACUGAAACACUGCCUAGAUCACACACCGGAGCUGAAGAAGUGGUCAGAGCGCAUGUUAGAGGACCCUGCUGUCAAAAUCACCAUGCACAGCAUGGACACCUACAAGGCCUUCUACAAGACUUACGUUGAUGGGAAACCCAACUUUGACUACGGCCUGUAGAGAACAUAGGCCAACACCUGUAACCGUCCAGCGUUUUGUUUAUACUCGUGUUCUUGGUCAUCAUUAUUCUGGAUUUAAGUCUAUUUUUCAAACUUAGAUGUAACAGGAAAUUUUACUUCAGUAAAAACCAUGGGGAGUAAAAACAUUCCAGAGACAAAGCUAACAAAGAAAUCUGUUUUUAUUGGACAUUCAGCACUUAUUGAGGGAAGACAUGAAAUUGACAUAAUGGGAAUGAGGCACCUUAACUGUAUUUUGUAUACAUGUAUAAAAGGUGUUUUCAAAGAUGUUCACUUUUCCUAAUAAAAAUUGUAGGUGAAAUGACGUUGAGGUUUUCUGUCUGUUACAACACACACAACUUCAUUAUGUUUUCCCUCUAGGCUAUACAUUGGUCCUAUUUCAUUAACUGUAAGUCAAAAGUGCCAAAAAGUUGACAUCAACAUUGCGG